AUGCAGGUGGUGCGGGUGCGCGACGUGCAGCCUGGCGAGCGCGUCCCCCGCGCGGCGCUGCUCGAGCGACUGCGUGCCAAGGAAGGACAAUCGCAUGUGCCCGAGCAGGCGUUGCUGCGCGACGUGCUCUACCUGCUGCAAGGCAUCAGCGGCAGUCAUGUGCAUCUGCGCACCGAGUGGCAGGCGGCGCGCGACGACGGCGCGCUGGCGCACAGUGCGGGCCAGCAGGUGUUGCGCCUCGAGUUUGACGAGGGCUGUGGGACGAUUCCUGCGCCGGUGCAGGACCGCAUCCACCGCCUCGCCGAGCUCGGCCAGCUCUAUGUGCGCGUGCGCGACUUUGUCGACGCACACGCGCAGGCGAGCGAGACACGCCUCAUUACGCAGAGCCUGUGCCACUUUCUCGCGUCUGAGCUCACUGAGUACUAUGCGAUGGUCGCCGCGCUCGAGACGCAGUGGACGGUGCUGACGGAGGGCGGCGAGGCGCAGCCGCUGACCCUGCAAGGGCUCGUGCAGCAGACGCGCGAGCCGCUGCUGCGCAUGCGCAUGAUGAGCACGAUCGUCGAGUCGUGCCGCGGCGUGCACGGCGGUGCGCUCGUCUCGACGAUCCACGCGUACACGCUGACCGGCGAUCCGUUCAUCCGCCAGUUUACCUCGACGCUCCUCGACCACGUCUCGCGCCCCUUUUUCCGGUGCCUGUCUCGCUGGAUCUACGAUGGCGAGCUCGACGACCCCUCGGGCGAGUUCUUUAUCGCGCUGCAGCACCCCGAGCCGGUGCGCCGCGCGCGGCCCGCGGACGAGGCGGCGGCGGACGAGCAGACAAACGCCGCCGACGUGUGGCAUAGCAAGUUUGUGCUGCGCAGCGACCAGCUGCCGAGUUUCCUGAGCGAGCACUUUGCGCGCAAGAUUUUCUCGACCGGGCGCUCGCUCAACUUUAUCCGCUGCAGCUGCGGCGAGAGCGAGUGGGCGGCGAUGCACGCGUCGCUCCAGUCGACGAACCACGAGCGGACGCUGCGGUACUCGGACAUGACCGGCCUCGAGCACGCGAUCGACGCGGUGUACGACGCGGCAAACGAGCGCUUGGUGCACACCUUUUUGCACAAGUUCCGCCUCUGGGAGCACCUGCGUGCGCUCAAAGAGUACCUGAUGCUCACCAAGGGCGACUUUGCCGACGCGCUCAUGGCGUCGCUCGGCCCGAGCCUCGCGCGGCCCGCGCACACGAUCUACCAGCACAACCUCUCUGCCGCGCUCGAGACGGCGAUCCGCGCAUCGAACGCGCAGUUUGACGAUCCCGAUAUCCUGCGCCGCCUCGACGCGCGCUCGCUCGAGUUCUCGCAAGGGGACACGGGCUGGGACACCUUUACGCUCGAGUACCGCGUCGAGUCGCCGGUCAGCGCGGUGCUCGACGCGAGCGCCAUGGCCGGCUACCAGAUCCUGUUCAACUACCUGUGGAAGAUUAAGCGCGCCGAGACCGCGGUGGAUGCGGCGUGGGCGGACGUGCUCGACGCACAGAACCGCGUGCUGCGCGACGAGCACCUCGGGCCCCGCGCGCGGCUCUUUGCCUUGCUCCAGCGCGCGAAUGUGCGCCUGAGCGAGAUGAUCCACUUUGUGCGCCAGCUGCAGGGCUUCAACCAGCUCGAGGUGAUUGCCUAUUCGUGGCACGCGCUCGAGCAGGCCUUUACGCAGCACCCGGGCGACCUCGACCAGCUCAUCGAGACGCACCGCACCUACCUCCAUACGCUCAUCUCGAACGCGCUCCUGCGCGGCGGCAAGCGCUCGCACGCCGAGCAGCUCGCCGACGAGGUACGUGCGCAGCUCGACACGGUGCUUGCGUACUGCGCGGCACUCGGCGAGCUGACGUACUACGCCGCGAAAGAGAUGGAGCGCCUCGCCUCGGACCUGGGCACGCUCGAGUCGGCGGAGCGCACGUUGCGCAACGCGACCGAGCGCCUGGACACGGCGCACGCCACGUUCGCCGAGCGCAUGCCGGCCAUGAUCAGCGUGCUCGAGCGGCACCCGAACCUGACGGUGCGCGACCUGGCACGCCGCUGGAACUUUAAUGUAUACUACCGCCGCGGCCGCGACGACGCGACGCGCACUACGAAAUAG